AUGGAUCCAUCAAAAUUAUUAGCUCUGCUAAAACAGCAAAGAGCAAUAUAUGACGAUGUUAAGAAUAUCGAUAAGAAUAGCAACAAACGUGAGUUGCUUGCGAAUACAAUAAAAGAACGUUUAGAUAAACUACAAGGAUUAUGGAAUCAAUUUAAAGAUAAUCACGAGAAAAUACUCUUAACGGAGAAUAAGGAAGACAAAUAUUUUAAUGAGGAAUUUCACACUACAGUGCAUCAAAAAGUGAUUCAGGUGAAAACAAUGCUCGAAGAAAUAGUUGAAAGCAAAGAUAGAAAUGCAGAAUCUGUUGAAAGCAAAAGUGUAGACGAGAAAAUAAAGGAAAGUCAAAUUGAGAAAAAUAAAAUCAACAAUCUAGUAGAGCAAUAUAACAAUAACAUCGCAAGGUUAAGACAGAUGUUAGAAAAUCUUGACCAUUAUGAUACUGUCACGCGAUUGGAACAACUUAAUGGAAUCUGGAAAAGAAAGUUCGAAGAUAUUAGAAGUAUCUAUAAGAAGCUGGUUAUUGAAAUGUCGUACAAUGAAGUAGACAUUAUGAAUGAUUAUGAUGAGAUUGAAGACCAAUACGAUAACGCGUUAGAUGAAUUAGCCAAUAAAAUGGAAAAAUUACGUGAGGGGAACAACGUUAAGCUUGACUGCAUUAGAAUCCCAAAUUUCAACGGUAAUAUUGAAGAAUGGUCGUCUUUUCAUGAUCUAUAUAAAAGGCUUAACAAUGAGGAUGGAAAAAUUUCGAAUGUUGAGAAAAUGUAUCGACUCAAAACAUUAGUAAAAGGAGAAGCAAGCAAGCUGAUACAACAUCUACCGGUGUCGGAAUUGAAUUAUGCUGUAGCUUGGGAGAUUUUGUCGCAAAGGUACGAAAAUGAAAGAAUGUUGUUUACAAUAUUGGUCGAUAAAUUGCUCGAUCAACCAUCUGUAUAUAAUGAUUCAGCGUCAAGUUUGAAAAAGUUGCUUGACACAUCGAUAGAAUGUAUCCAGGGGCUGAAGGCAAUGGGUAUAAAAACGAAUAAAGCAGAUCCAAUAAUAGCAAGGAUUAUAAUCAGGAAGUUGGAUAAGGAAGGAUUACGGCUAUAUGAGCAAAAUAUAAAAAGGACAAAGGAAAUCCAAAAAAUGGACGAUGUAUUACAGUUUCUGGAGCAGCAAUACCAAGCAGCAGAGGCGAUUAAAUCUAAGAAACAAACUAAUAAUGUAAAGUCUUUUCAAAAAACAACAGCGACAACUAUAGUAGCAAAUGAUUACCAGUGCUUUUACUGCAACAAAAAAGAACAUAUGGCAAUAAAGUGUUAUGAGUUUCUAAAGCUACAAGUCAAGGACAAAAAUACAUGGGUAAAAGACGCUAAAAUUUGUCGCGUCUGUUUAUCGCAUAAAACUACAAAAAGAUGCAAUAGUAAGACAAAAUGUCAAGAUUGUGGGAAGUGGCAUAAUGCUCUUUUGCACAUUAAUUCAGGGCAAAAUAAUAACACAUCAACAUUAACAAUGAAAAUGUGUUGCACAGCAGAAAAUGUGUUACUUGCAACGGCGCAAGUGCGCGUAAAAAGUGUUCAAGGUGAGAUGAUUAUGUUAAGGGCACUAAUUGACCAAGGGUCGCAAACUACAGCUGUAUCAGAAGAAGCGGCACAAAUAUUAAAUUUGCCAAGGAAAAAAGUAAAAAUGGAGGUGCAAGGGUUUGGAGGAACACCGGUUGGCGUUGCAAAGGCAAAAAUAAAUCUUCAAAUUCACCCACGAUUCACUAGUAAAUAUAAAAUAAAUGCAGAAGCAUUAAUUUUACCAUCAUUGGUAUCUUGUCAACCGGAUAAAACCUUUAGCUAUAAUAUAGAUAAGUGGGAAAAUAUGACCUUGGCGGACCCAAAUUUUAAUAAAUCCGAUAGAAUUGACAUAAUCAUAGGAAGCGAUCUUUACGGAGAAAUUCUUGAAGGCGGUCUACUUAAAAAAGAUAAAAUAUUGGCGCAAUCAACAAAGUUCGGCUGGAUAUUAUCAGGUAUUUUACAAGCAAAAAGAAGCAUUAAAGGAUUCAUCUCUUCCAACGUCGUCAACAUAGAAAAGUUUUGGGAAAUAGAAGAAAUUCCAGAGGAUGAAGAUUCAUCGGAAGACGGAUAUUGUAUGAAAAAUUAA